AUGGACAUCCAGGGUGGCACGACUCCAGGUCUGAGCAGCAUGCUGUGCUCCUCUGGGACCACCACCCCGAGGACACUGGUGGAGGUAGAUGUUCCUGGACUGAGAGACGCACCUGCAGUGGCUUCUCUACUCGGGCUGAAGUCCAUCCGGCAGAGCAGGAGGAUCCUGAGCAGGUUGGCGGAGAGACUGACGGUGGACGAGGUCGAGAUGCUGAAGGAGGACGACAGAGGAGAGGAAGCUUCUGAUUCUACAGAUCUAUUUCCAGAUCUAGGAUUUAUUGCAGAGCUGAAUGGGGUCUCAGGACCAUCAUUCAGUGAAACAGAGUCUGAACUCUUGGACCUCCACACAGUGAAAGGGAAAACGAUCUACACAAACUGUGUGAAAGUGCUCAACAGAAACAAACUGGACCAGAGAGCCGACACUGUGUGGAGACAGAACCUGAACAUGGACAUUGGUGCGAAACCAUUUCUAAAAAUCAAAUCUCUCUCUGUCGCUCUCUCCCUGUCUCCCUGUCUGUCCUUCAGGCUGACAGCCCUGGUGGUGAAGACCCUGUCUGUGGUGGACCCGGUGGUCUCUGUGGACCACCACACUCUCUCAGACUCAGUGUCCUGGUUGAUCCGCCGAGCUCAGCAGCAAGACGGGUCCUUCACAGACAAGUCCUCCUUCAGAGCCAACAAAGUCAUGGCUGUAGGGACGUCUGCUGUCGACCAAUCGGUGUAUCUGACGUCCUUCGUGCUGAUCGCAUUACACAAAGCUACGAAUAUCAAAGUCCCCAUCCUGCAUCUCCAGUUCCACGAUGACAGCAUGAGGUCUGCAGUAAACUACAUUUCCCAGCAUGCCCUGGGUGUGAAGAGUGUGUAUGUGCGUGCGGUGGCGACCUACGCUCUGACCCUUCGUGACCCCGACAGCAUGGCGGCCUCCGAGCUGCUCAACAGUCUGGAGAAACUGGCUCGAGACAAAGGUCACCCUGCUGUUCUCAGGUAUUGGCAGGAGUCCAGCGUGACAGCUGAUUGGCUGAAACCCGACCAAUCCAGCGGUCUGACGGUGGAGGCGACAGCGUACGUCCUGCUGACUGUGCUCAUGAAGGGGAGAAUCCCUUACGCCAACCCCAUCCUGUCCUGGCUGACCCAAGAUCAGCACUACGGAGAGGGUUUCUACUCCAUACAGGACACACACUUGACCCUGGAGGCGGUAACAGAGUACAGUAAAGUCGUCCCUCGAGCCGUCCUCAAUCAGGACAUCAACGUCCGCUACAGCAGGAAGGGAUCGCUGGGACGAGUCCAGCUGAGCCAGAGCCAACCCGUGGCCACGCCCAUCCAGGUGACGAAGGAUGAUGACAUCACUGUGUCCACAGGUUAUGGGAAGGGCGUGUCCAAUGUGAAGAUGAAGACGGUUUACUAUGAGACCACCUCGCCGGCUCUGAGCUGUAACUUUGACCUCACCAUAGAGGUAGUGGGCCCCGACACCUCAGGAGAUCCUUCUCUCAGUGCUCCUCACCUGGUCGCCUGUGCAAAGUACAAACCUCCUCUUAACGAGGUCUCCACCGAGUCCAGUCUGACCGUGAUGAAGAUCCAGCUGCCGACAGGUGUGGAGGGUUACCUGGAGGACCUGAGACAGUUCAGAGACUCAGACGAGCCGAUGAUCUCUCACUACGAACUACAAGGAACCACUGUGGUCAUCCAGAUGGACUCUGUUCCCUCAGAUGUCUUCCUGUGCGUUGGUUUUCGGAUCAGAACCAGGUUCAGGGUGGGCGGGGCAAGCGAGUCCCUGUUUAGUGUCUAUGAGCCUCAGGACAGAGGCAGUGAAUGCACCAAACGGUUCUCCUACGAGCAGCAGAAGCUGCAGCGCCUCUGUGUGGAUGAACAGUGUCAGUGUAUGACAGCGGCGUGUGCUGCCUUCAGAGGAAACGUCGAUGUGACGCUGACAGCAGCCAAACGUACUAAUGAGACCUGCAGACAGCACAUCAAAUAUGCCUAUAAGGUGAUGGUGAAGUCUUCAGCAGGAGAAGGAGACUUUAUGACCCACACAGCCACCGUAGUUGAAGUCCUGAAGAAUACAGAUAAAGAGUUUGAAGCGGUGAGUUCAGGGACGGUGGUGGAGCUGGUGAAAAAGGCCACCUGCAGCUCUGUUGACAUCCAGAACAACCAGCAGUACCUGGUGAUGGGAGCCAGAGGGUCAGAGGUCAUGCUGAGCCAGGGCUUCAAGUAUCGUCUCCCUCUGGACUCGGAGGCUCUGGUGGAGCUGUUGCCGUCUCCCUGUAGUUCUCCUGAGUGUUUGGACUACACUUCCCAGCUGGAGGACUUUGCUCUGGACCUGCAGUUAUCCGGCUGCCCCGACUCGUCAUAACUCACCAGAGAAGAAGAACUAUGAUCAGCUCACACUUUAAAUAAAAUGGGUUUAAUUCUUCUUUUACAAACGGUGUUAUCAAGUUAUGCUGUCAAUAAAAGUUACAUCAAAUAA